AUGUGGUUGGUUGUAGUAUAUUCGAUUCUGUCAUGCCACUUCACCAUGAGGACCGGUGAAGUGAAGACCAGUGGUUCCAAGGGAAAACUCCUGGCUGCUGUAAUAGUCAUCCUGCUAUUUAUGGAAGUAGAAGCCAGUGAACUAGCCACAAUAGCAUCGCUGGAUCCCAACGUUGAAGCGAAGGUUGUCACUCAAGCUCCGGUUAAACUUAAUAUCACUGUCAUACCCAUGCCUGAAGGUUAUCAAGACUCCAAGAACUGGACAUCGGACUCUGUUCUGCACCUACUUAGACUAAUAAAUGGGACCGAGGCAGCUGCAAUAAUCAAUAACGCACUAGAUAUCUCGAACACAACCAAGGCAUGUAUUUACAAGAUUAUUUUAACGACAGUAGAGCUAACAAGAACAAACGAAAAAUCUAUUGCUGACUAUUCAAAAUCAGUGAAUGAUGUUAUGUUCAACAUAACCAAUUACAAAGAGGCCAAACUGGCCGGUGCACUUAUCAGUGGCACUCAACUCAACACAACGGAAAUUGCCCCAGUAAAAGGCAAGAAGGAAGGCAAAGGAAGUGGUGGCAGAAGUGAUGGAGGCGAUGGUAGUCAAGAUGGAAGUAGUGAUGGUCAUCCUACUAACCCUGGACAACCUAGACGCUCUGGUGACGCAGAGAUACUGCUGCCAAAGAUGGUAAAGGAGGAAGUAGUGGAGGCUGGUAUGGUGAAGGGGUAG